AUGGCCGAGCUGUACGCGCCGACGUAUAAGAACCUGCACCCGGGUGCCAAGAGCUACGCCGUGUCCAGCCCGGACGGGGCCAAGCGCCACAUGGUGGUCGGCCCGCCGCCGCCUCGGAGCCACAGCCCGUCGCUGCCGGGCCUGUCGUCCAUGCUGCAGCUCAAGCGCAGCCCCGACGACGCCUUCAUGCUGUCCCCGCGGUCUCCAGUCGUCAGCCCCGGCAGCGACCCGGAGCAGCGCCCCAAGCUCUACAACAACAACAGCAGCAGCAGCAGCUCAGUGUUCAAGCCGUCGCGGGACCUGCAGGCGCGGCAAGCGGCCGCCAGCGCCGUGGCCCGCGCGCUCGCGCCUACAACGUCCUCCUCCUCCUCUCCUAUCAUCACCGUCACUCUCGCUCCCGUUGAGAAGUCGUCCCGUUACCUUCGCGAGAUCGACCGACGCGCCAUCCUGUCCCGGAUCGAGCAGGGCGAGAAGCAAUCGGCGCUGGCCAAGGAGUACCAAGUGAGUCGCGCCGCCAUCUGCAACCUCAACAAGCACCGCGACGAGGUGCUGUCCCGCAAGAACGGGAACCCGCUGGCCAAGCACCCCAAGAAGCCGCGACCCAAGACCAUGAAGGCCAAGCUGGGCAAGAGCGGCUGGGCCGCGGCCAUGGCGCUGAGGGAGACCGGAGUGCAAGACAGCAAGGGCGUCCACGAGAUCAAGAGCCGCGCGGCGGCGCUGCUGCUCACGACGCUGAGGAAGAAACACGCCACGGUGAGCGAGUUCCGCCGCUCCAGCGACCGCCUCAUGCGCCUCGUGAUGGAGGAGGCGCUGGCCUUCGUGCCGGUCAAGACGGUCGAGAUCUUCCUGCCCAACCACGGCAAGUCGGACGGCGUGGCGCUCGAGCACCCGCCGUGCGCCAUCUCCAUGGAGCCGGCGGGGUGCCCCAUGCUGGAUCUGUUCCACUUGAUGGAGCCCGACCAACCCUCGGGCUACGUGAGCUUCGGGGACAUGUCGCUCUCCCCGAGCGACUCGCAGGCCGAAGACGUGCAGGCCAAGAUCUGCGGCUCCAGACUGCCGGGUAGUCUCAACUACCACAACGUGUUCAUCAUGGACCACGUGAUCACGUCGGCGGAGGUGGUGAUUGCAGUCGUGCGGCGUCUGCAAGAGCGCGGCGCGGUGGAGGCCAUGAUCUCGCUCGUGGCGCUGAUUGCGGCGCCCGAAGCCGUGGAGAAGAUCCACGCGGUGUUCCCGACGCUCAAGAUUGUCAUCGCCCAGGUGGACAAUGGUGGAGACGAGAGCUCGUCUCCGUGCGCGGCUGGGCCGAUUGACUCCGCGAUGCGCGCGUCGACGACCGACAUGAUUUUGGACCGACUGGAGCAGGUCUACCACGGCUACACGCCCGCCAACGCGUACUGA